AUGAUUCAAAAUUUUGAAGAAACUAAAGUAGAAAUAUCUCCACAACUUGGUGAAUUGGGUUUUGUCGAUUUUUUAUUAAAUUUGUUUAACUCAUCAAGUCCUGUUGGUGCUUACUUAAAUGGAUUAUAUAGUAUGGACAAACUGUUAAUUGGAGGUCAAAAAGUUGAAGAAAAUUAUGAACGUAUAUGUCAAGCUGCAAGAGAAAUUAAUCCAGAGUUUCAAUUAUUUUUGACUCGUCAAUUGAGGAUUGAAGUUUAUUCUUCACGUCAUAAUCCCAAAAAAAUUUAUGUUGACCGUAAAACAAUAAUUUAUAAUAAUCCACGUUUUGAUAUGGAACAUACAAAAUCAUUAAUUGAUGUUGAUAAUGAAUUGAAAAAAUUACAAGAAGACAAGGAAAUACUUAAAGAAAGACAAGAAAAAGUUGCUAAAGCUAAAGAAGAUUUUAAAAGACGGGGAGAAGAAUAUAGAGAAAAAAUGAAAAAUGAAAAAGAAAAGAGUGAUGAAAUCAAAAGGUAUCGUGACCAUGCAGCAAAAUGUAAAGAUAAAUUGAGCCAAUAUUCUAAAGAAAAACCUAAUUUGGAAGCAGCGCAAGCUGCCUAUAAUGAAGCUUCAAAUAAAAUUUUGGAGACUGCGAUUGGUGAUUUUGAAAAGAUUGUUGACUCUAUGGAAAAUCAACGUGAUCCAAUAAAUACAAUAGCUAUAAAUUGUGAUGAACAUGCAAGAUUAAAAUCUAGACUAAAACAACUUAAGGCAGAGAAAGAUUUUUUUGACCAAGUUCAUCAAGCGAAUAAGGAAGAUUAUCAACAAAAAUUAAAAAGACGUUUAGAUGCUAAAGAGGAAGUUGAAUAUCGAAAAUCAGUUUUUAAACAAGUUGCUGAAUGUCUACCACCUGGAAGUGGAGGGGAAGUGUCUAAUGAUGAUAAAAGAAAAUUUGAAAAAAUUUUGAAGGAAUUUGAAGAAAAGCAAAUUCCUGAUGACUUGGAAAGUAUAGAGCUUAAAAAUGCUGAAGAACGGAAAAAAUCUUCAAAAGAUAGACAAGAUGGAACUGAAAAGGAUGCAGAUGAAUACGAAAAAUUUUUGAAGGAAAGAGAAAUUCUUGUAAAAAAUAUACGUUUAGCUACAGAAAAGAAUGACAGAUGGAAAAAUAAAAUGGAUACAGAAUUAGCUUCUUGGUUAGAACAACUCAGGCCAAUGAUUGAUUCAAUUAAUGAAAAAUUUUCUCAAUUUUUUGCAACUCUUGGAUGUGUUGGUGAAGUGAGAUUUGAUGAACCGGAAAAUAAAUAUUCAAUAUCUGAAUAUGGAAUUAAAAUAAUGGUAAAAUUUCGAAAUGGAACAUGUCUUCGUGAAUUAAAUCCACAAACACAAUCUGGUGGAGAACGUUCAGUCUCAACAAUGCUAUAUAUUAUGGCUUUACAAAAUUUAUGUUUUGUACCUUUUCGUUGUGUUGAUGAAAUAAAUCAAGGAAUGGAUCCAAAUAAUGAAAGAGCUGUUUUUAAUAUGAUGGUUAAAUUAUUGGAUAAUAAUGAAGGAGAAGGAAGAGGAGGAGGAGGAAAUAAUAAUAAUAAAACACAAUAUUUUUUGCUUACUCCAAAAUUACUUAAUGGUCUUGAAUUUAAUGAACGUGUAACUGUUCAUGUUGUGCACAAUGGACCUGCUAUUGAAAAUCCUUUGGAUUGGGACCCACACCGCUUUUUACGAAGAUAAAAAAAUUUUUUUUUGACUUUUUUGAUCUU